AUGUUCGCCAACGACUUCCUCGAGUUGCGACGAAGGAGCUCCUCACAGGUAUGAUUGAGUUUUUGGCUUGGUUACUGUCUUCUUGAGGUUAUGGUACCUUGGUGUUAAAUCUUAUAGAGAGUUUCUAAAAUCAUCGUAGCACUCUUUUGUUGAAGAAGCUUACAGUUCAGAUUUUUUCGAAUCCUUCUCAGAUACCGCAACUUUUAAAGCAGGUUACUGUAGUUUUCAGGUUACAGUAGUCAGGUUACGGUAACUGGAAUUAGUACAGAUAGGGUGUUGAUAGAAAAUUGUAUGAAAAAUGUGAGUGUUCAAAUUAUUUAAAGAUACCGUAAAUUUUUUUAGCUUGUUUACUGUAAAGUUUAGGUUACAGUAGUAAAUUACGGCACCUAAAAAUAGGAGAUAUACGGAGUUGAUAGAAAUUCGUCUAAAAAAUCUGAGAAUUUUUUUUUUAAAUUGAGAUUUCAGCUUCUUUCUGAUCCUUCUCAGAUAACGUACCUUUUCCAAGCACUGUAAUGUAAUCUUCAGAUUACGGUAGCUAGGUUACGGUAGCUGAAAAAAAGGAGAGAUAGGGAGUUGAUAGAAAAUUGUAUAAAAAAAGUCUAAAAAUUUUUAAAAAAAUUGACAUUCUAGCUUUUUUUCAAACUUUUUUUCAGAUACUGUAGCUUUUUUUCAUUACUGUAAGAGGUUACGGUAAGAAGAAGUCAGGUCGGCUAGAUCUACUAAUUAUUCAAAGAAUCAGAUUCCUCUCUAAAAUUGAAAAAAAUUCGCUACUAUAAGAUUUUAUGCUACCCAGAACACUAAAAAAAAUUUCCACAUAAAAAAAAUUGGGCCCAUUUUGAAUUUCCCAAUUUUUAUGUGUCAAUUUCAUACUUUCCUCCAUAAAAUCUGUGAAAAUGUCUGUUUUUCUUCUGGUUUCCUUCCUUCUCUCUUUUCUUUAUUGUUUCUGAACUUUGUUUAAACUAAGAAUGUGAAAAGGAAAAAAAAACGACGAGGGACGGAGAGAUUGGACGAUUUUUCUUGAGGGGCUCUCACAUGUUGUUUAAUUUUUUGAAAAACCUGGGAAUCCAAGGAAAUUGUCUGGGUUUCUUAUUUCUUUUGAACUUCUUACAUAAAUCUUCCUCUUUAUUUUUUCUAAGAAUUCUGAAGUUGGAGUCUUUUUAAGCUACUGAUAAAUCUUUAGAGUCGCUCAAUAGUUCAAAAAUUUUCCCUUUUGACAGAUUUUUGAAAAACUUGGGCAUUUCUAGUGACCACUUUAGUAGCUUGUGUACUCUUAAGUGAUCCCUAGAGUUUCUCAGAAACGUCCGGUUCUAAAAAAGUCCACUUCCGAAUUUCUACUGCUUUCUCUGAGUUUUUUGAAGCUUUUUUUCCAUUUUUUAAAACUUCCAUUAUUUUAAAAACUCUUAAGUACUAACCUGACUGAGCUUCUUUCUUCUAAUACUAACCUGACUGAGCUUCUUUUUAGUUUCUCCUUCAAUUUUGAUGAUUUUUUGAAUUUCUUCAGCUUUCUUCAGAGCUUGUCUCAGACCUCCAAAGCUUCUUCUAAUCAAAAAAAAACUUUAAAAUCAAUUAAUUGAAGGAAAUGUUUUAUAUUAGAGGUCGAAAAAGGGCAAUUUUCAGCUAGAAAGUUUUUUUCGAAUGUGUUUUAAUGUUAUAGAUAGAUAUUAUGGUAGUUUCAAAACCAAAAUUUUCAACUUUCGAGGCAUUUUUGGACUUUGAGGCGCCUUGAUUCUAGAUCAUUUUCUUACGCACAAAAAGUGUGUUUUUCUUGGUAUUUUUUUUCAAUUUUAAUCAAGUUUAAGAUUCAAAAAAAUUAAUAAAUUUUCCAGGAUCUCGGCCAAAUGGUUCACAAGUCAAUGUCGACCGCAACGACACCUGAUGUCCCGAAUUCGCAAAGUGAGGCAUUUUUUGUUUUGAGGGCAAUCAAUCAGAUCGAGGGUCGAAAAAAGUUCACGGGAAAAAAAUUGGGAAGAACUCUUCCUGGUUCCGUUACGUAUUGGGAAAAAAACACGGAAGUUCCCUAGAGACUUAACUUCAAAGGCCUAAGUUUCCUUAAGACCUUACUUGAAGACCUAAGUUUUCUUAAGACCUUUCUUGAAGACCUAAGCUUCCUUAAGACCUUUCUUAAAGACCUAAGUGUCCUUAAGACCUUACUUAAAGACCUAAGUGUCAUUAAGACCUUACUUAAAGACCUAAACUCAAAUGAGACCAGCUUUAGCAGGACCAAGAAAAAAUCUCAUCAUCCUCCUUCAGUCUCGACGAUCGGCGCGAUUCUCCAAAGAAAGUCGUCCGUGGCACAGGCUUUGGCGAAAACCGCGGAGAGUCUGAAGCAGUCCUACGAGCUCCGGAAGCAAGCCUCACCCGCUGACCUCAUUUUCGACCUCUUCAAGCACCCGAAUCGCGAUGACGCCAACAUUGGGAAACUCAUCAAGGUGAGGAUUUGUCUGACCUGUCUGCACUUUCUUUUCUCUCGCCUAGAAGAGACUUGAAAAUGAGAAAAAGUCCAGGUUCUGAAAUCGUUCGGACUUCGCGAGAAGGACCCACGUCUUCGCGAGAUGAUGAAACGGAUCAAGGAGUUCGAGGAGGAUUCCGAAGACGAGGACCGCGCCGUCAACGACAUGACCCGCAAGCAGUUCAAAGAGUUGGUUUCAGUCCUUCUGACCUCUCUGUGCCCUCUUUUCUCUCAUCGGAGAGGUCGGAGAAAGCGCAGAGAUGUCAUACAGUCACACAGAAAAAAAAUUCACUAAGCUGUGAAGAUUCAUAAUAAAGUGACCACUUGAGGGUUGGGCCUCUAAUGUGACGGAUAAAAAACCAGAAAAUGAGACGAAAAAAAAGUGACAAAACUGAAGUUUCCAGAGUCUUAAAGCUCCUAGUGACCACUUGAGAAGGCUAAAUGACUCCUUUGAGUUAUUACUCUAGGGUUCAAAUAAGCCGACGAUUCAAACGCUAAGUGACCACUAUAGUGGACUAAAAGGCUUCAAUCUUUUUUAGCGCUUUUUUAUGAAGUUUUUGUCUGUACAGUUAAAAGUAGGAGAAUAAACCCCUUCAAUGACCUCUUGAAUAAAUAUUGGACCCUGCAGUGACCACUUGAAUAAAAAAUGGAACCCCUACAGAGACCACUUGGGGAAUAAACGCGCCUUCAAAUUUAACUACUUUUCCUAUAUCUUUGCACUUCUGGAACAUUGAUCAUGGAAAAAACCAUCCAAGAACUGUUUUCCAAUUUAAAGGCGCAUGAACUUUGCUCAAAAAAGGUCUCAAAGCGUUUUCUUCCCUAGCGCAUUUUAGCAAAUGUCUUCGGUCACGAAGAGUCUCUCCCAUUAAAAGAAGUUCAAAAAGGGUCCGUCCUUUUUUUUUGCCUGUAGAGUUGAAAAUAAAAACCCUUCAGUGACCACUUAAGGGAAAAUAUGAACCCCUUCAGUGAUCAUUUAAAGAAAUGUAUGAGCGACGUGGCGAAUUAUCCCACUUUUUUUUUCAUUUUUGACAGAUUUCUUCAUUUUUUGCUUUUCUGGAACAUUGAUCAUGGAAAGAACUGUUUCAUAAUUUAAAGGCGCAUGAACUUUGCUCAAAAAGAGGUCUCGAGGUUUUUUCUUUCCUAAAGCAUUGUAGCAAAGGUCUUCGGUCACGAAGAGUCUCUCCCAUUAAAAAGAAGUUCAAAAAGGGUCCGUCCUUCUCAUCUUUUCAUUCCCCUUGAUACCGAGUUUGAUAGACGCGCGUACACAAUCACCCCUGAUAAACUGGUAUUUUUUUAUGGGCCAGACAUAAAAAUGGGGUUCGGUUUUGUUACUUUUCGCGGCCGUUCUUUGGUUAAUUGAGACGGAAUUGUCGCGUCGCGAGACAACUUUCUUAUCUUGAAAUAACUAAAAAGUGUUUUUUCCGCAACUGAUACGGUAACAGUGCGGUGGUGUGGGGCUAUUAAAAGAGACCACGAGGUUUGGUUCAAGUUUCGGGGGUAUUCCAAAUGAUGCACGGUUCAAAAUGAAGGUUUAGAAAUUGUUGGAGUAUCACCAUAAUGAUGAAUAAAUAGAUAAAAGAGAGUUGUCUGUGGAGUCCAUUAAAAAAAUCAGCCUAGAGAAAAAAAUUCAUCAUACGCUCGUUCUACACAAUAUGCUUCAUGAAAAAAAAAAAAACUUUUAAAUUAAUUUUUUAAAAAAGAAGACUUUAUGAAAAAAACUUGAACAUUUACAUUUAGAAAAAAAUCGAAAAACCUCGGGAUUUCUUCUAAAAAAAUGAAGUCUAAAAAAAUUAAAAAAAAACUUUGUUCGAUCUUAAGGGAAAUUUAGAUACCUUUUUUUCUUCAAGUAACAGGUCUUUUGGAAAAAUCGAAAAGUUCAAAAAAAUUCAUUUAAAAAAAUUUUUUUCUUAAACGAUACUUGUCAAGGGAAAUUCCAAAAUACUCAUUUUUAUCACGAUUCCAAUAGUUAGAUCCUUUGAUUAACCUUACAAAUUCCAUAAAAAAAGAAUAUUUUUUUAAAAAACCCGGCAAAAAAAUUUUUUUCAGCACAUCUUAUCUGAUUAAUUUUACGAUUUCGAGCUUCAAAAAUUUUUAAAUAUUGAAAAAAAUAACUCACUUUUCUCCUUCUUUUUGAUUCAUCCGAGGUAGCUUUUUGAUAAAUAGUAGAAAUCAAGAUUAAUAUGAAGAGAAUCAGAAGAAAAAAUUAGAUGAAUAUUUAAAAAAAUGACGAAAAAUAGGAUAUUGAUGAAUGGAGGAAGGCUAGGGCGCGAACGAUUUUUUUGCGAGGUCAAAUUGUGAUCUAGAGUUUGGGUCAGGCUAAAAAUAUUGGCUCAGUGAAUCCGAUUAUAAAAAAAUUUUCUAUUAAAAAAAUCAAACCUUUGGAAGAAUAAAGGUUUCAUUCAAACAAAAUUAAAUAUGACGAUACCGUAAAAAAAUUCCCUUUUUUUCAAAAAUCGUUUCAAGACCAUUUCUAUGAAAAAUAUCGAGGAAGUGAGUUCCAGAUCGAUUCUAAAAAUUUUUUUAAUUUUUUUAGGCGUUUUUCGAAAAUGUAGUAUUUCAACAAUCAAAAGCCCUUAUUUAACAAAUCAAGUUGGUAAACACGGUCAAGUUGUGCCCUAUAUAAUAGUUUCGAGACCAUUUUAUUUAAAUAUCGUAUCAGUGAAACAGUAAAUUGCGGAUGCAAGUCAAAUUUUUUCAGUAGGGGUUCCUAGGGAGGAGAAAGUCCUAAAAUCUGCCUUUUCUUGAAUUUUAAUGGGAAAUUGGUUAGUUCCUCUUAAUCAGGUUUUCCAAAAAACUUUUUUCAAUCUGAAAAAAGCAAUUUCUGUACUUUUGUGACCCUAUUCUUGUUUCCGAGCACCUUCCUGUCUCGAAAAAUGGGGCAGGGCCUGUAGUGAAACAGACCGGAAUCCUGAAAAAAAUAGCAUGACGAGUUUCCAGGUGCAUCAACCCGUCGGUGGGGCUCAUUUCGACGGCUCUCCGCAACCAGCUGAUCAUCCCGAACUGGUCCGAGUUCUGCGGCAAUAUCAAGAAGAUCUUCGAUGAGGUAACCCUCGAAUUGAAUAUUUUUUUGGCUCAAAGUCAGAAUUUUCCAGUGCCGUUUGGUAACGGACGGCGAGGUCGCCAAGUACAUCCCUCAAUUGGCCCGACAGGAUCCCGAAAUCUGGGGCAUGUCGAUUUGCACCAUCGACGGACAGAGAUACUCCCUGGGCGAUGCCAAGACCAACUUCUGCAUUCAAUCCGUUUCCAAGGUACUGAUUAAGUGAUAAGAACCUUAGGUUUUGAUCUAGAAAAGAACUUUGGUUCAGAAUCGAUCAAAAGUGAAAUAGCGCCUAGGAAAACUGGAAAAGGACGUGCUCCGGACGUUCUUGGGCGAUUCUAGGAUCACUUAAGAGUGCUGACACUACUAAAGUGGCCACUAGAAUCGGCGCGACACGCCCGUUUUGAAAAAAAAGCUCCGGGCGUUCUUGGGCGAUUCUAGGGAUCACUUAAGAGUGCUGACGCUACUGAAGUGGUCACUAGAAUCGCCGCGACACGUCCUUUUUGAAAAAAAAGCUCCGGGCGUUCUUGGGCGAUUCUAGGGAUCACUUAAGAGUGCUGACGCUACUGAAGUGGUCACUAGAAUCGCCGCGACACGUCCUUUUUGAAAAAAAAGCUCCGGGCGUUUUUAAACAAUUCUAGGGUUCACUUAAGAGUGCUGACACUACUGAAGUGGUCACUAGAAUCGCCGCGACACGUCCGUUUCGAAAAAAGAGCUCUGGACGUCUUUGGGCGAUUCUAGGGAUCACAUAAGAGUGCUGACGCUACUAAAGUGGUCACUAGACGUCCGAGAAGCUACUCAAACUUUGAUAAAAUCUUGAAAACAAGAAGGCGUUUUAGGCGUUCAACUACUCGAUCGUGGCGUCGGACCUCGGCGCUGACGUCAUCCAUUCCUACGUCGGACACGAGCCCAGUGGACGACUUUUCAACGAGAUUUGCCUUGAUGGAAGUGGUGAGUCUUACAAGGUCGUUUACACUGACUAA